AUGUCUCUGACUACUCCCAACUGCUCCCAAUUUGAAAACUCAUCUUUCUCCUGUUCUAGCAGUCACCCUCUGGGUAUCCGAAUAGGACUAUAUAUGUUCUUCACUUGUUCUAUAACCAUUACGGUCUUUGGAAACCUUGGUAUUAUUAUUUCCAUUUCUCAUUUUGUGCAGCUCCAUUCCCCUACCAAUUAUCUUAUACUUUCCUUGGCCAUAACUGACCUUUGUCUUGGAAUAUUUAUUAUGCCGUACAGCAUGGUGAGAACUGUGGAAAACUGUUGGUACUUUGGAAAUAUAUUUUGCAAGAUACAUUAUGGCUUUGACUUGACUCUUAGUGUAAUCUCCAUCUUUCACCUCUGCAUUAUAGCCAUUGACAGAUUCUAUGCAGUGUGUCAGCCACUUUAUUAUCCCAUAAGGAUCACAGGGCCAGUUAUUAAACGUCUGGUUUUCUUGUGUUGGUCUAUUGCUAUGAUAUUUUCCCUUGGAGUGGUUGUUUCCAACUCCCAUGUCUCUGGCCUUGAAGGCUAUGACAUUUUAGUCACCUGUUUUCAUGUCUGUCCAAUCACAUUUAACAAAUUAUGGUCACUGGUUCUUUUCUUUAUAUGUUUUUUCAUUCCCGCAUCUAUAAUGGUUGGAAUUUAUAUAAAGAUAUUCCUUGUGUCCCUGAAACACAGGAGGAACAUUAAAAGAAACAUUUUGGCUGAAACGUCACAAAGCAUAUUCAAGAAGAGAGAACACCAAGCUGCUAAGAAGCUGGCUAUUUUAAUGGGUGUGUUCCUUACAUGCUGGUUACCCCUGUUUGUUACAUUUUUAGUCGAUCCAUUCAUAAACUACUCCACUCCGACUGUCAUUUUUGAAGUAUUUAAUUGGUUCUCUUAUAUAAAUUCAACAUGUAAUCCAAUAUUGUACGGCUUUCUUUAUCCAUGGUUUAGAAAAGCUUUAAGGCACAUUGCUUGCGGCAGAAUUUUUUACGGGCGCUCUCCAAAAAAAUCUGUUUUCCGAUGA